UUUUGGUCCUACAGUUUAUGGGGCGGAUCCUCACUUGACCCGCAGGCCAUUCCUAAACCCUAGUCGUCCAUACCCAUUCAAGCUGCUUGCUCAAGCCUCAAACUUUAAAUCACCUCCAUUCCUCUCCGCGACGUCCGUCGCCGGUACCGCUUAUAUACCGGCGAUCCGCGGAACUGUAACCGCUACCGUCUUAAAGUGGACGGCCAAAAAGCUCAAGUUUUCUCCAGCUAUUUCAUUGGGUAAGGGCAGUUUCUUUCCGUUUAUAUUAGGUUUUUUCAAUUUUAUAGCUCCUUUCUGUCCUUGAGUUUUGAGUUUGUAUGAUUUGUUUACGGUAUGGUUAUUUUUUACAGAAUGAUUGCGUGUUAUUUGGUGAUUUAUUAUUGGCUUGCUACGUUAGCUUUUGUGCUUUGCUGUUGUUUAGGAGCCUUUCCUCUCAUAAUAUUAUUGUCAAAAUUGCGCUUGUGCAGCAAGAACUGCAGACUUCUGUAUAAUUUGAGUUCGAUUUCUAGUAAUUGAGCUGAAUAUUUUAUCCAUUUGCUGUAAUCGAUCAUUGCUUACUUUUUAAUUUGACUUUUAUCUGUUGUUUAAGGCUCUAGUAGUAUGUCUUCAAUUAUGGAUUUAGAGCGGAAACUAGAAUCGGUCUGUUACACGUUGUACUUCUUUUCUUUAAGUUCCAGUUUUGAAGCUUGAAUAUAAUGUCAAUUUUCCCCAAGUUGAUUAUUCUGUCUUUCAAUGAUAUGCAGAAAGUUUUCCUCUUUACAACGGCUCAUGGCCUGUGUAUGAUUGUUUGUUCUACAUGCAUAUAUUGCAUAUUUAUGUUUUCAUGAGGGUAGGAUAGUUAUGCAAAUUUUUGUUGCGGUAAACCUGGCAAUUAUGUGGUUAAUAUUUGAUUGCUAUUUUUUAUUCUAUUCUUUUUAAUAAUUCUAAUAUUAAAAAUCAUAUAUAAUAACAAAAAUAACCUGUUCAAUAAAAAAAUACAAAAAAAUAUAUAGUUUCACUAACCUGUUGCAGCCAGAACUCUAUUUGGGGGAAAAAGAAGUAAAAAUGUUUCUUUUCGACAAAGGCUUAUUUAUAUUGAUAUAGGAGGGCAUAAAUGACAUUGCCCCAAGCCCGAAUUGACCAAAAAGCAAAAAAUAUGAUCAAUGUUCGCACUUCAACACGUGCAACACAACCACCGUAAAAAAUACACAAGUAGGAUUGUUUGCUGAGUUUUAUAAAAUACAGGAUUUUAGCUUUUUUGUUGAGAUAAGGGUGCUUUUUUGCAUUUUACCCAAUAAAAUAUGAGAACACCCAACAAAGAUUUAUGUUAAAGAAAAAUAAAAAGAAAAAGGAAAGAAAGAAAAUCAAUUGCAGAGAGGCAGAGCGGAGCUAUGGCGAUGGAAGCUCAGGCCAGGGUGAAGAAUUUGCUGUGGGCUGUAUACUAUCAAUCAAGACCACCCUCGGGAGGAGUUGCAAGGCCAAGUUAUCACCUUUUACCACCCAUCCAACCUCCUCGUCCUUCAUAUCCUUCCAAAAUCCAAAUUUUGUGUAAAUUUUAUGUACAAUGCUAACUUUAAAUGAAUAUGCAUGCAGGAAGAGAAAUUGACGAAAUGGACGAAUAGAGGCACAGCUUAAUGCAGGACCAUGUAGUUGUUGUUUUGUAUUUUGGUUCAUUUCAUGGGUUUCUGGAUGACAACAAUACAAUUUGUUUUAGGAAAAUCUGGAGAACAGGCGGGAUAAAGUCUUGGAAUGAUCAGUCUGUUCCAUGCAUGUCGAUCAACUGUGUUAUCAAGGACUAGCCUGUCUGUUACAAAGAGUACGACUCGUAAAUAUAUUUUGCCUUCAUGGAGAAAAAGCUUGCACCAUUCAGGUUCUAGAACAGUAAAUUUGGAAUUGUUGUUUACAAGAUUUCAGCUUCGGUGCUAUUCAUCAAAAAAGUCUAGUGGAGGUAGUUCCCGUAAGCGGAAACUUGACCCCAAACCAGUAAUGAAGGACGACAAGGAAGCAUUUUUUGUUGUCCGCAAGGGUGAUCUUGUGGGAGUUUAUAAAAGCUUAAGUGAUUGUCAAGCUCAAGUUGGAACAUCGAUAUGCGACCCUGCUGUCAGUGUGUACAAAGGUUACUCCAUGCCCAAGGACACUGAGAAGUAUCUUAUAUCUUGUGGGCUUAAAAAUGCUCUUUACUCAAUCAGAGCUUCUGAUCUUACUGAAGAACUUUUUGGCACUCUUGUCUCAUGCCCUUUCCAGCCUUCUUCUUCUAGAGGUGAAACAUCUAGUGAGCCCGUGACAAAGAAGAGGUCACAGGAAGCUCUGUGGUCGGAAUAUGGGCGGUCUUGCACUCUUGAGUUUGACGGAGCUUCGAAAGGAAAUCCUGGACAAGCUGGGGCUGGAGCUGUACUACGAUCGGAUGAUGGAAAUUUGAUUUGUAGGUUGCGUGAAGGCUUAGGCAUCGCCACCAAUAAUGUUGCUGAAUAUCGUGGCUUUAUAUUAGGGUUGAAAUAUGCACUUGGAAAAGGUUUUACAAGUGUUCGAGUUCGAGGUGACUCCAAACUUGUUUGCAUGCAGAUUCAGGGACUAUGGAAGGUCAAAAACCAAAAUAUCUCCAGCUUGUAUGAAGAGGCAAAAAAAUUGAAGGAUAGGUUUCUUUCUUUCCAAAUUAUUCACAUUCUAAGGGACUUAAAUUCUGAGGCCGAUGCCCAGGCUAACUUGGCUGUCGAUCUUGCUGAGGGACAGGUUCAGGAAGAGAUUGAUAAAUAGCUCUUCCAAGUCAAGAUCAAGAACGCUGAACCCGCAUGGCUCUUCCUCUCCGAGGUCUUUAAUUUUAGGUGUUGAUUAGACUCCUCGGAUCGUAAUCCAACAGCUGCUAACACCAGUGCAUAAAAAAGGAAUUCUUUGUGUGAAGUUUCUUGUUUUAUCUCCAUAUUUAUUCGCUGGUUGUAACCACUUAAUCUGCAGGCAUUAUUGAUAUUACCGCAAUUUUGAACAGUUUAAUUGGGCUGUAAAGUAGUAUUAGGCUUUUGGCUCUUAGUUCUCUCGCAUGAUCUCAUUCUCAUCGUACAUAGCCAAUACAAAGUAGUCGGAAAACAGUGGGAAGAUGUAACUUUCUUGGGUUAUGCAAUGGAACAAUUGUGGCUGCCUGCUGCCGCUGCAUUUUAUGCA